AAAUAGAAACCAAGUUUGAGCAAAAGGGAUGUUCAUGUGCUCAUAAAUUUUUAUCCUGUGAAAGAAGGUAACAGAGGAGGAGGAGGGGUCAAGUUAGGCACUAACUAGUACUACUACUACUUUCACUACUACAACAAUAUGAGAGCAAGUAGUGCCACUCCUCUUUAUCUUCUCAUCCUCACAUUUUUUCUUUUUUCAACACUAUUGUUUAGACCCACCUUUGCUACUAAAAGGUCAUAUGUUGUGUACUUGGGAGCUCAUUCACAUGGCUAUGAUGUUACUUCAACUGAUUUAAACCGAGUACGCGAUACUCAUUAUGAGUUUCUUGGUUCUUGUUUAGGAAGUAAAGAUAAGGCCAAAGAUGCUAUCUUUUAUUCAUACACAAGACAUAUUAAUGGUUUUGCUGCAAUGCUUGAAGAUAAGGAAGCAGCCCACAUUGCCAGCCAUCACACUGUAGUCUCAGUGUUCUUGAACAAAGGUAGAAAAUUGCAUACAACUAGAUCAUGGGACUUCAUGGGACUUGAAGAUAAUGGUGUAAUUCCGUCUGGUUCGAUCUGGAAGAAGGCUAGAUUCGGUGAAAACACUAUCAUAGCAAAUCUUGACACAGGCGUUUGGCCAGAGUCAAAGAGCUUUAGCGAUGAAGGGAUGGGACCGAUUCCGACAAAAUGGAAAGGAGUUUGUCAAAAUGGCGCAGACGCCACCUUCCACUGUAAUCGGAAGUUGAUAGGAGCAAGAUACUUCAACAAAGGUUAUGCUUCUGUUGUGGGAGCGCUAAACUCCACAUUUGAAUCGCCACGUGAUCAUGAAGGCCAUGGAUCCCACACCUUAUCAACGGCUGGAGGCAACUUCGUAUCAGAUGCUAGUGUAUUUGGGUACGGGAAUGGAACAGCUAAAGGCGGAUCACCAAAUGCCAGAGUUGUUGCUUAUAAAGUUUGCUUUCCUCCUGUGAAUGGAAACGAGUGCUUUGAUGCUGAUAUAUUAGCAGCAUUUGAUAUGGCCAUUCAGGACGGGGUAGACGUGUUGUCUGUAUCUCUUGGUGGGGAUGCAGUUCCCUUUUUCAACGAUAGUGUUGCUAUUGGCUCUUUUCAUGCUGCUAGGUAUGGCAUAGCUGUAGUUUGCUCUGCGGGUAAUUCAGGACCCGAUGAAGGCACCGUAUCCAAUAUUGCCCCAUGGCAAAUCACAGUUGGUGCUAGCACCAUGGACCGCCAGUUCCCUAGUUAUGCUGUUUUGGGCAAUAAAAUGCGGUUUAAGGGUGAAAGUCUUUCGGCUAAAGCAUUGCCAAGAAACAAAUUAUUUCCAAUUAUAAGCUCUUUAGAAGCCAAGGCAGCCCAUGCAGAGGCUAAAGACGCACAGCUUUGUAAGGCUGGUUCAUUGGAUCCUGUAAAGGCAAAAGGGAAAAUCUUGGUGUGUCUUCGUGGAGAUAAUGCCAGGGUCGACAAAGGUCAAGAAGCGGCUUUAGCUGGGGCUGUUGGAAUGGUUCUUGCUAAUAAUGAUGUUUCAGGGAAUGAGAUUAUUGCAGAUCCUCAUGUCUUCCCUGCUACACACAUUACUUACACAGACGGCCUUGCAGUCUAUCGUUAUCUCAAUUCAACCAAGAUGCCAAUGGCUUACAUCACACAUCCAUCAACUCAAUUGGACUCAAAGCCAGCUCCAUUCAUGGCAGCUUUUUCAUCCAAAGGACCAAACACCAUAACGCCAGAGAUUCUUAAGCCUGAUAUAACUGCACCUGGUGUAAGUAUAAUUGCUGCUUACACAGAAUCACAAGGACCUACAAAUCAAGAUUUUGAUACACGUAGAGUUCAGUUUAAUUGUGUAUCGGGCACUUCCAUGUCAUGCCCUCACGUAUCUGGUAUUGUUGGACUACUCAAAACUCUACAUCCAGACUGGAGUCCAGCGGCAAUUAGAUCAGCUAUCAUGACCACUGCAAGAACGCGUGACAAUGAGAUAAAACCAAUGACAAACGCCUCCCACGUUAAAGCAACACCGUUUAGCUAUGGAGCAGGACAUGUACAACCAAACAGAGCCAUGGACCCUGGUCUUGUUUAUGAUCUGACCACAACUGAUCAUCUUGACUUCAUGUGUGCACUCGGUUACACCAAGUCUCAAAUCGAAAAGUUCUCAGAAUCACCAUAUGUAUGCCCAUCAAAGAACAUUAGUCUAACAAACUUUAACUAUCCAUCAAUUACUGUGCCUAACCUCAAUGGCUCAAUCACGGUGACUAGAACCGUUAAGAAUAUUGGUUUGCCAGCCACUUACGUGGUGCACGUCUUUAGACCGGCUGGCAUAUCCGUCGUGGUUCAGCCCAAGAGCUUGAAGUUUGAAAGGGUUGGUGAAGAAAAAAGCUUUAAGGUUACUUUGAAGUCUAAGAAGGGGAGGAGAGUUAGGGACUAUGUUUUUGGACAACUAAAAUGGUCAGAUGGAAAGCAUUAUGUGAGGAGUCCAAUUACAGUAAAGACCAUAUGAUUUGAGGGUGGGAAAAUAAUUCAGUAAAAUAAUUUUUGAUUAUUAUUAUUGAAAUUUAUUUUUUUGGUAA